AUGCACAAUGUCAUUCUUAUCAUAUUCUUGUGUUGCUCUCAUUUCGUUGUUGCAGAAGAUGCUGAUACUGAUUUGAUUGAUUUUGGCGAUCCCAAUUUGGAUCUCUCCAGCACAACAACAACCACAACAACAACAACAACAACAACAACAACUGCUGCAGCUUCAGUAGAAGUAGUUGAUUGUAAUCAAAUUGCACCAUCAUGGCUUGCAUGGAGUGAUUGGACAGCCUGCUCUGAUCAAUGUGGCUCAUGUGGAAUUCAUAUGAGAACAAGAGCCUGCUUAACAACUCAUUCUCAGUGUAGUACAUGCAUAGGGGAAGCCACCCUGAUUGAGCACUGCAAUUUGGAAAUAUGUCGUUAUCCCCGGGCAACCUGUUGUAACAAUUUGAAGGUUCAAUCAUUGAAAGGACGCUUUGCCUGUCUAGCUGAACGAGCAACUACCAUCACCUGA